CGGAACGCAAAGGCCACCGCGAGAGCGAGCUGCUAGAGUCUACUCUUCUCGUCAGCUCUGCCGCGUCUCUCCCCGUGCGACCGGCGACCGGUCGGUCGUGGCAUGCACGCACACCGCCGCCCGGCAGGCAGAAACACCUCGCUUUCUCGCCCUCCCCUCCCUCCCUCCCCAGACAAGGCAACGCAGCUACCCAUUUAUAAACCAACCAACGAGCCAGCCAGUAGCUUGCCAAGCCUCCAACGCCGGACGGCGACCACACUCGCGCGCAACCACCGCCACAAGCCCCCUCUUUCCUAUCCACGGCCGGCCAUCGCUGUCGUCAUGGCUGUUGGCGCGAUGGAACAAGCCUCUUCUCCGGCCGCCUUCGACCACGGCGGCGGCACGACCAUCGACGACCUCCCGGCGGACGUCCUGGCUCUCGUGCUCCGCCGCCUCGACGGCGCGUCGCUAGCGGCCGUCGGGUGCGCCAGCUCGGGGCUCCACGGCCUCGCCACCGACCCGGACACGUGGCGCGCGCUCUGCCUCGCCAUGUGGCCCGCCGUCCGCGACCUCCUCCCCUACACCGUCGACCACCGGGCGCUCUUCGCCGACGCCUUCCCGUUCCCGUGCUCGCCGGACUCAUCAUCCCCGUCCCAGCCCCCGACCCUGCCGGCGCGCCUCGUGUCGGCGGUCGACCUGCGGCACGCGGGGGUCAGCAUCCUGUCCCGCGUCGUGGAGACGGACGCCGCCGCCUCCGACUGGUUCCUGGGCGCGCCGUUCCGCGUCGACGCGAUGGUGCAGGAAGGCUUCACGUCGCCGACGGCCGGCGGCGCCUCCUCCUCCGGACCCGCGACCGUCUCCCCGGCCGACCUCGAGCUCAGCUGGGUGCUGCUCGACCCGGCGACGGGGCGCGCGCUCGCCGCGUCUAGCCGCCGCGCCGUGGCCGUCGACCGCAAGUGGCUCACGGGGGACACCGUGGCGCGCUUCGCCGUCGUGCUCUCCGCCGGCGUCGCGCUCGACGCCGCCGUCACGUGCGACGAGCGGUACGGCCACGUGCGCGAGGUCAGCCUGCGCGUCGAGGACGCCGAUGGCGCCGGCGUCAGUGGCAGGGACGGGCUCGCCGCCGUCGCCGCUGCCAUGGCCGCGCCCAGGCGGCGCGGGUGCGGGGAGGACGCGGCGAGGGAAAGGUACGAGGACUUCGUCAGGGGGAAGAGGGCGCGCAAGGAGUGGAAGGCCAGGCGCGAGGGCAUCCUUGACCUCUGCUGCUCCAGCGUCGGCGCCGCCGCGUUCCUCGGCUUCCUGGCCGUGCUCACGUUCCGGUGAGCACUCGUCGUCCGGCUCACCGGGCGACGCCGAAGCGACAUUCAGAGUGCCGUUGACAUGUACAGUGUAGUUCAGGGAAUGUGAAUAUAUGAUUGUGCUGUAGGUUAUACGGUCGGCUGUCAAAGAAAUGUACAACAGGGAAAGUCAACAUCAUACUUUUUUUUUCUACUAUUCAUUUUCCUUUCUAGACAGCGAGGUUUAUGAAAUAAAACGAUUCAAACUUUUUAUUA